GAACGCUGCCUUUUGUUAUAUAAUAUGUAUACGAUAUGGUGGAAGAAUCCAUAUUAAUUUACAGGUAUCCGAUACCACAAAUGAUAUGAAAUGCAAAAAGUAAUUUCCUUUUAGGCGAUGGAAGGUGUAUUUUCUUUCUCGGCUGGUUUAUCGCAUUUUAUUUGCUAUAUGCAUACAACCUCCACCUAAGGGAACUCAAGAAAAAACAAGUGCUUAAAUGAAAACAUACUGGUCCUUUAGAAAGAAUUCGAUGGAGAGAAACCAUUCUUUCCAGUACCAUCCAAAGGCCUUCCAUGUAUUUGGUCCUCGACACAUUUCUUCUCCCGGAUGGAGAGAACUCAUCAGCUCUAGUUGGAAGAACGAAAGCUACAAAAGAGCAGUGAUGGCCUGUUUUGUACAAUCAGCAUACUUGCUUGAACUUGACAGACAAGAAAAUAGGUACGGCGUAGAAACUGCCCUUGCACCACAGUGGUGGACACCCUUUAAGUACAAAUUGGUUGAACCCCUUGUAGAUGAAAGAGAUGGUUCGAUAUUUGCUGCGAUUUUGGAAUGGGAUCAAGCAGCAGCCCUUGCUGAUUUUAUACCAGUAAGACCAACUGGUGCACCAAAAGUGGUAUUAGCUAUCAGAGGAACACUCUUGAAGAACCCCACAAUAAGGAGAGACGUCGAGGAUGAUCUACGUUACUUAGCAUGGGAAAGUCUCAGAGGAUCCUUCAGAUUCGAAAGACUAUUAUCGGCUCUAAAAUCAAUCAUCUUCAACCAGCAAGGGAGCAAAAAUGUGUCCAUCACAGGGCACUCAUUAGGAGCUGGUUUUGCUCUCGAGGUAUACAAGACGUUAGCUGCUGAAGGAACUUAUGUAGAAGCACAUCUUUUCAAUCCACCAUCUGUUUCAUUGGCCAUGAGUUAUAGAAUCUUGAGUGGAAAAGCUGGAUUUGUGUGGAAAAGGUUCAAAUCAAUGCUUCCUUCUAACUCAGAGUAUCAAAGCAAGAGCAUCGCGGAGGGUGCAGCUGAAUCUACAGAAUCAAGAAUCACUUCAGAGCUUAAGCAAAUGCUGCCUAUGCCUCAUUUGUAUGUUAACACAAGUGACUACAUAUGCUGCUACUACAAUUAUUCAGAUGGAGUACAAAACAGUAGUUUCAACAUUGGUAAUAAAGAGAGAGAAGUAAAACCUGGUGGAAAUGCGCUAACCGGUGUAAAGCUUUUUGUGGUGUCAAAGGCAAAGCAGAGGUUUCUUGAGGCACAUAGGCUUAAACAAUGGUGGUCUGAUGACUUGGAACUCCAAAUGGCUCUCAAUAACAGCAUGCUAAUAAGUAGGAAGCUCAACUCCUUGUACACCAUUCAACCUCCAAAACAAACUCAAGGCUAGCUUCAAGUUUACUUGAAUUUGGACUGGUAAAAAGAUUGAAAUUUCAAAACAAAAGAUUGUAAGGCUUGAGAUUCUGCAUUUCACUUAUGAAUGAAUUGAGUUACCUAGCUCUUACAUAAAACAUUUAGCUUGCUAAAAUCAAAUUUUCGAUCUUGCAUAUAAAUUUGGCUUGUGUUCAAAAAUUUCUUCUUGUUUAUCGUGACCACAAAAGCAAUCACAUCUUUAACCGUGUUAAUGCAUGCAUUAGAAUUCUCUUGCUAAUACCAAAUAGGUUGAAAAAAGUUCACGAAACAAUAUAUUUGUAGUAUAUAACAUUAUGUAACGAUGAAAAAUCACAUAAUUAUUCAAAUUUAUAUUCAGCACAGCAAUAUAGUACACAUUCUGUCAAAACCCACAGGUCUCUGUUGAGUCCUCAGUUCUGUCACAAAAGACAAAUACAUGCUCUGAUUUUGGCAACCCUAAAACCCUUCUUCUUUGUCAAGAUUGUUACUGUGAUUUCGCAAAAAACCCUUUUUCCUGCUUCUGAGAUGCCUCCUAAAGGCAAAGGAAAUGGGAAGAAGAAAGGUAAAGGUAAAGGAAAAGGAAAAGGAGCUUCAAAAGAAACAAAAUGCAGAGCUGCAGCAGAAUCAGAACCAACUUCUCACUUCCAUUUCCCAAGAGAAAUCAUCUCUAACAUCCUUUCCCGUCUCCCUGUAAAAACCCUUUUACGAUUCAGGUGUGUUAGCAAGCAAUGGCGAAACCUCAUUUCCAAACCCAACUUCAUCGCCUCCCAUUUCCGUCACUCUUCUUCUUUGCAGCUCUCCGGUUCAUCUAUUCUCAUAGGCAGCCGUCAUCACGAGUCUAAUCAUCAUGUAGUCUCACUAUACAACCCGCCGGAAUCAGUUGUCCAGGUGGACAGCCCUUUCCCCUGUUUCUUCCCCAAUAUGUACAUUGUGGGUCCUUGCCAUGGCUUUAUCUGCCUUUUUAAUCCACCAUGGGGUGAACUGAUUACCCUUUGGAACCCGUCGAUGAGGAAGUAUAAGAUGGUGGAGCUCACUGAUAGCUUGCCCAGUCCAGGACUGCACUUUUUGACGUCUAUUGGUAUGGCUUUUGAUUACCAACAUAACGAAUUGUUGAUCUUGAGAAUCUUUUGUGUGGGAAUAAUGUUUGAAGUCCCGAAUCACGUUGAGGUGUAUUCGAGUAAGAGUGGGAAAUGGAAGAAGCUGAAAAAUGAGAUGAUUUUUCAUAUUGUUGAGUUUACUUGCAAUGUGAUCGUUAAAGGGGUUGCAUAUUGGUUGGUUUGUAUGCCUGAUAAGUUCGGAUCGCGUGCUGUGUUUGUGCGAUUUGAUGUGGGGAAACUAGUGUUUGAGAAGUUACCUUCGAUAGGAAGGCGUAAGAAACAUCAAUAUCUUGUGGAAUUGGAGGGUUCUCUUUGUAUGUUAGACUGGGAUCAUAAAGAUGAUUGUCAUAUGGAUGUUUGGGUAAUGGAUGAUGUUGAUGGUUGGAGUAAGAAAUACAGUGUUGGACCUUUAGUCGGAUUUGACCGAAUCUUGGGUUGUUUGAGGAAUGGUGACAUUGUAGUUAAGAAUGAAAAUGGAGUCAUAUUCAUUUGUGAUCCCAUAACUAAUUCAGUCAAGGAAAAUUUCAGCAUUGAUAAUAGUAAGGAUGAAUCAUAUGUGGUUGUUGAUUAUUCAGAGAGCCUAUUUCUGAUCGGAGGGAUGCUACCUGUUAAGAAGCAAGAUGCUCAAGAUAAAUUAGCGCGCAAAAAAGUCACAAGGGAUUGCUUAAAGUUCUUGAUGGGACAACCCUCAGAAAUCAUCAUUCCUUGAUUGCUCCUUUUUGGCUAACCUGAGAGAUGUCAUGAAGAACACUUUUUUAGUUUUUUGGUGAAUUCAUGUUUGUGGUAUAAUACUUUUUUGAGUUCCAAACAUCGUUCCCUUUCUUCUUUCACCCAAUGUUUGCCCCUGUUCUUCUUUUUAUUUUGUAGUUAUUUGCAUGAACUGGUCUCACUGUUUCGUGUGUAUUUUCGUCUUCCUUCUUUAUUGGCUAUGUAUUGUUUCAUAUUUUUUUUCUUUUUUAGAUUUAUAUUGACUAUGAAUUCUUUUAAGUAUGAAUUAUCAGUUA